AUGUCUACAACCGCCGCUUCCAAAACCAAGAAGCCACCACUACCAAACAAUGAUCCUCCACAGCCAUCGUCGUCGUUUGCCUCGUUACCAAACGACAUCGUUAUAAACAUCUUAAGUCGAGUCCCGAGGCGGUAUCAUCCAAUUCUCCCUCGCGUCUCCAAGAGCUUACGAUCCCUCGUAAGUUCCUCGGAGCUUCGCAAGACGCGGUCUCUCAUGGGCAAGGAUGAUGCCUUUUACGUCUGGUUCAGAAAUGAUUCUUCCCUAACCACUCAUUGGUUCACUCUCAGUCACAAAACGACGACGGGUAAAUAUAGUUUAACCUCAGUCCCGUUUCCUUCACCGCCUGAGUCGUACUCUUCAGCUCUCAUGGUGGGUUCCGAUAUCUACUUACUCUGCGGUUAUAUCAAUCCCAGCAAGAGCAUGUGGAUCCUUGAUUCUCGGUCUGGAAAGUUGCGUCAGGGUCCAAGUAUGCGUGUUGCCUGGCCUUUUUCAGUUGCUGUGGGACAAGUUGACGAGAAGCUUUACAUGUUUGGAAGGCGCCAAGACGAAGAACACAAAGAAGAGAUCCAAGUGGAAGUUUUUGACACAAAGACGCAAACUUGGGAGGUAGCUCCAAAUCCCGAUGUGCACAUUUCAUACAUACAGAUUUCGGGUGUUGUAAGCCCGACACUGGACAGAAAGAUUUAUGCCAAGACUGAUUAUGGACAAGUUAUAGUUUAUGAUCCGAGAGACGGUAAAUGUGAGAAGAUUGGUACACCAUAUAAUAUCAGCUGCAGUAAAGACGUGUGUGUGAUAGACAAUGUGCUCUACCUUUACUGCUUUUAUUUUGGGUUAGUGUGGUAUGACUCUAAGAAGAAGCAAUGGAGAACAGUUAAAGGUUUGGAGCUCAAUGAAUUUUCUUACCACAAUGUCGACGCAAUGGCUGAAUACAAUGGAAAGUUGGUGUUAAUACGGAAAAGUAGCACCAUACAGAAGAUGGAUCAGAUUUGCUGUGCAAUGGUUGCGUUGGAAUGGAGUUUGAAUGGAUUAGAUAUUGUGGGGAAGGUUGAGUGGUCUGACCACAUACUAUCCGUUCCUCGUGACUACAACAUCGUGCAUUGUUUAGGUCGUACGGAUUAG